GUCACGUGGCAGCGGGUCGGCCCCAUUUUCUGCCAACGUUGCAUUUGGCUCAAGCCUGGUCCAUGGCCGCCCUUGGGACCCUGCGUUGAGCCCCGGAGGCCCCGGCAUCCGGGGCUGCGCUGCUCCCAAGGGCUGAGCGAGGCGCGGGCGCCAGUCAUACGGAUAUGAGGUGGAGGCUGUGCCUACGCGGGGACGCAUCGCUCACGCUGCUCCUGGGCGCCGCUCUCGGCCUCCUGCUCUACGCGCAGCACGAUGGCGCGGCAUCGACAACGAGCGCGCCGCGAGCGCCAGGGAGGGCAGCGCCGGAGCCUACAUCCCGGCUCCGCUUAUUCCAGGCACGGGACGUGGAGGCAACCCUGCAGGCUUACGAAGAAGACACGCCAGAGCCACCCACGCCCAUGGGACCCUUUGACUUUGGCCGCUACCUGCGCGCCAAGGACCAGCGACGCUUCCCCUUGCUCAUUAACCAGCCCCACAAAUGCCGAUGCGAUGGGGCACCUGGCGGGGGACCCGACCUGCUCAUCGCUGUCAAGUCAGUGGCGGCCGACUUUGAGCGGCGGCAAGCCGUGCGCCAGACGUGGGGUGCUGAGGGUCGCGUGCAGGGGGCGCUCGUGCGCCGUGUGUUCUUGCUGGGUGUGCCCAGGGGCUUGGGCUCAGAUGGGGCAGACGCAGAGGGGAUGCGUAUGCAAACGCACUGGCGCGCCCUGCUGCGUGCCGAGAGCCGUGCGUACGGGGACAUUCUGCUCUGGGCCUUCGAUGACACUUUCUUCAACCUAACGCUCAAAGAGAUCCACUUUCUAUCUUGGGCCUCAGCCUACUGCGCCGACGUGCACUUCGUUUUUAAGGGCGACGCUGACGUCUUCGUGCACGUGGGAAACCUGCUGGAAUUCCUGGCUCCGCGGGACCCCGCUCAGGAUCUGCUUGCGGGUGACGUGAUCGUACAGGCGCGACCAAUCCGCGUGCGGGCCAGCAAAUACUUCAUUCCAGAGGCUGUGUAUGGCCUGCCUGCCUAUCCGGCCUAUGCGGGCGGCGGUGGCUUCGUGCUUUCUGGUGCCACACUGCACCGCCUGGCCGGCGCCUGCGCGCAGGUUGAACUCUUCCCGAUCGAUGACGUAUUUUUGGGCAUGUGUCUGCAGCGCCUGAGGCUCACUCCUGAACCUCAUCCUGCUUUCCGUACGUUUGGCAUCCCUCAGCCUUCAGCUGCGCCACAUCUGCGCACCUUCGACCCCUGCUUUUACCGUGAGCUGGUUGUAGUGCAUGGGCUCUCGGCUGCUGACAUCUGGCUUAUGUGGCACAUGCUGCACGGGCCUCAUGGGCCAGCCUGUGCACGUCCACGACCUGUCGCCGCAGGCCCCUUUCAGUGGGGCCCCUAGCCAUUUAUGACAGCCCCAAGCGCCCCUCAUUUAGACCCAGGAUACAGUGGGAGUUUGAAGCAUUAGGUUUCCCCGGUGGGUUAUUGCAGUGUAUGUGCUUUUUCCCCAGAAAGAGGCAGAAGAGUUAGGGAUCCAGCUUGAUUGCCAAGUGUCUGCUUCCAUAGGGUCCAGGGAAUGAAGACUGAGCUUGGCUCUUGCUCUCCUACUGGUAGCCGGUCAGGAACCACCUAAUAACUCUUAGAGAUAGCCAGGGCUGAGGUGAUGGAGCAAGCUCUUUGUGAAGCAGGGGAACAUAUUUGGUCCUCUCAAUACCAACAUGGGGGUGGGAGGUUUUUCAUGGAAUCUGACCACAUUCCUUGGUUUGGAACCCCUUUGGAUGCUGCAGACGCAUGCAGGCCUUUCUCAUGGUUGGACCCCACAGGAGAUGUCUGGGGCCUGGCUUCAGUCUUCAUGAAAUUGGCAGGCAUUGUCAAAACUCAAUCUGAAAGUAGGCAUUUUGCUUUCCACCUGUCCCUCCAAAUUGCAUUUUUAGCCUUGUCAAGGUCUUUGGAUCUUUUCCUUUUGAGGGCUGCUUUCUUGGAGCCACCCUGUCUUGGGCUCUGGUUUGGCUGGAACACCAGGGAUGGAGGCACACUUGUGCCUGGUCCUAAAGUCUUUCCCUGUCUACU